GUUUCUGUCCAUGUUAACUUGUUAUUACUCCAGACCACCAGAGGGAGUUGUGAGUUUAGUUUCAGCUGCGAAGCAGGAAAAGAAGCAGACUGUAAGACAUGUUGAGUGUAAAGCUUGUUCUAGAAAAUAAACGUGAGCACCUCCACAAGAAAAGAGUGUGACCCUGCUUAUGUAGUGUGAAGUUAUCACAUAUUGGCGACGAGGAUACUGGCUGCUAUCAGGAGGCACCUGUUUUUUUUUUUUCCGUGACGGAAGACGUGAGAAGAAGCACGUUGUCAGAGGGUCGCACACGGAGCGGAGAAAUUUCCGACAGAAGUACUUCGGUAGGCCGCGAUGAGCGCAAUGAUAGGCACUCUGUCAGCAUUUGAUGCUAAAGAACAGACUUGGGAAGAAUACUGUGAGAUUUUGGAACAGUUUUUUGAGGCAAAUGGCAUCGACGACGGUGAUAAGCAGAGGGCUGUGCUUAUUAGUGUGGUGGGACCAGCCACGUAUAAGCUAAUGAGGAACCUCGUGAGCCCGGACAAGCCCAGCUCGAAAACGUACAGUCAGUUGGUUACACGGAUGAAAGAGCAUUUUAAUCCGAAACCGAGUGAGAUUGUGCAGAGAUAUAAGUUUGACUCUCGUUCCCGUCAACCCGCUGAGUCCGUUAGUGCUUAUGUGGCAGAGCUCAGACGCCUGGCUCAAGAUUGCAACUUUGGAGCUACACUGGACCGGAGGUUGAGAGACCGUUUGGUGUGCGGGAUUGCUGACGACAGGAUUCAAAGACGCCUAUUGUCGACGAGCGACCUGACAUUUGAAACUGCAUUUCAGAUUGCUGUGGCUGAAGAAGCAGCGAAUAAGAACGUUUCGGACUUGCACCAGUCGGCAGCGUGUCACAGCAUGGUGGCGGAGGGACACGGACGGAAAACCGAUUGGAAAAAGACGGAGAGUGUGUGUUACCGAUGUUACCACACACAGUGCUGGCGAAUGUAG